CUGAACGCAUAUAGUACUAUGAUUUACACGUAGAGGUGCUAAUUGUUUUUCUUCUUGACUGAAACAACGAUUUCUAGAUGGCGUACGAGUUUGUUUAUAAUUACUUGUACAAAUAAUCUAAAUGCUGUCAAAGUCGAAACAAAUUUUCCUGGCAGUGUUAAAGUCGGAGAGAAUAUCUUCGCGAAUAUGGAUAAACUAUCGAAACCGCAAAUAAUUUGUCAUAUUGAAAAAUCAGUAGACUAUUCGCUGUUUGAUGCAAAGUGGAUACCAUGCAGCGCAAAAUUUGUGGUUAUGGGUUCUCGCCCUCGUGGUACCGGCAUUAUACAGAUUUACGAGGUGUCUAGUGGCGAAUUAAAGCUUGUCAAGAAUAUAGAAAGAUCUAAUCAAAUAAAGUGUGGAACAUUCAAAGCAUCCAGUCUUCGUGAUAGAUACUUGGCUACUGGUGAUUUCAAGGGUAAAUUAAAUAUUUAUAAUUUGGAAGAUCCUUCAAUACCCGUUUAUUCGGUUAAAGCUCACACACAGAUUAUAAAUGCCAUUGAUGGAAUAGCAGGUGCUAGUAUAGGAUGUGGAGCACCAGAAUUAGUAACUGGAUCUAGAGAUGGAAGUGUAAAAGUAUGGGACCCUAGGCAAAAGAAUCGACCAGUUGCUGUUAUGGAACCUAAGGAAGGAGAAAGUCGGCGGGACUGUUGGUCAGUUGGAUUCGGCAAUUCUUAUAAUUCCGAAGAAAGAGUAGUAGCAGCAGGAUAUGAUAACGGAGAUGUUAAAAUGUUCGACUUAAAGGCCAUGUCACUGAGAUGGGAAAGUAACUUGAAAAAUGGAGUUUGCGGUCUUGAAUUCGAUAGAAAGGACAUUCCCAUGAAUAAGCUAGUUGCUACUACACUAGAAUCCAAAUUUUAUCUUUUUGACUUGAAGACUCAGCAUCCUAAAAAAGGUUUUGCUUAUCUUGUUGAAAAGGCACACAAAUCAACGGUAUGGCUAGUUAAGCAUUUGCCGCAGAAUCGUGAAUUAUUUGCGACAUGUGGCGGUGGGGGAACGAUUUGUCUUUGGAAAUAUAAUUAUCCAGAGAAAAGAAAAGUUACGGAUGCUGAUGGUAUUGAGCAAGGAAUUAUGGGCAACAUUAGUUUGCUCCAGAACUGUACGCUCUCGUCGCAACCUAUUAGUUCUUUGGAUUGGAGCCCGGACAAACAAGGACUUGCUAUUUGCACAUCGUUUGAUCAAUGCUUACGUGUUAUUAUCACUACGAAACUGAAUACAUAUUGAUUAAACAACGCAAAGAAAGUACAUGUAAAUAUGCCUAUA